UAGGGCUAAGUAUUUCCUGGCUUGCUUUGUGCUGGGCUGCAGAAACGAUGUUUUUGCACUUGGCUUUGUGGGCGCGCUCUCGCGGUUUCAUUGAACAAAGCCCCUGCAAAAUCCCUGGCUUAUGAAAUAUUUCCUCUCCAUUGGGUCCCAGACAAGAAAUGGCAUCUGCAGAGCCAGAAAAGGAAGCCCUUGCCUUAUAGAGAGAGCUCCCGGGGUGACACAAUGGCUGAUAUAAAGUGUCGGGGGAGCUGAGCCGAAGGCAAAGGAACAAAGGAAGAUCCAGAUUCAGUGGCUGCUUCAGGCAACAGGGAAGCAAAAAGGGUCUCGGGGAUGGAUAAAUUUAAGGCUGCGCUUGUACUGGCCGGGGUAGGGGAUGCUCUUGGUUACCGAAAUUUCUCCCGACAAGACAAUGCUUUAGGUGCAAAAAUCCAGCAGGAGCUGAAGGAAAUCGGAGGGCUUGAGAACCUGGUGCUCUCUCCAGACAAAUGGCCAGUAAGUGACAACACUCUCAUGCACAUGGCUACAGCAGAGGCUGUCAUCACAGACUAUUGGUGUCUGGAAGACCUGUACCGCGAGCUGGUGAAACGCUACGUGGACGCCGUUGACAAGCUCUCGGGGAGGCGGCCAGACCCUGCUACCAUCGAAGGCUGCCGGGAACUGAAACCAGACAACUACCUUCUCGCUUGGCACACACCGUUCAACGAAAAGGGGUCUGGAUUUGGAGCAUCUACAAAAGCCAUGUGCUUAGGGAUGAGAUACUGGAAACCAGAAAGGCUCGAGUCACUUAUUGAAGUGAGCAUUGAGUGUGGACGAAUGACUCAUAACCACCCUACAGGCUUUCUAGGGUCCCUAUGUACAGCUCUCUUUGUGGCUUAUGCAAUACAAGGGAAGCCCCUGGUGCAGUGGGGAAGAGAGAUGAUGAAGGUUGUGCCAAUGGCCGAGGAAUACUGCAAGAAGACCAUUCGCCACAUGGCAGAAUAUCAGGAACACUGGUUUUACUUUGAAGCCAAGUGGCAGUUUUACUUGGAGGAAAGAGAAAUCAAUGAGGAAAACCAGAACAAACCUGUCUUUCCGGACAACUAUGAUGCAGAGGAGAGAGAAAAGACGUACCGGAGGUGGAGCUCUGAAGGCCGGGGUGGGAGACGGGGCCACGACGCCCCCAUGAUCGCCUACGAUGCCCUGCUGGGGUGCGGCGGGGACUGGACGGAGCUCUGCAACCGCUCCAUGUUCCACGGAGGAGAAAGCGCAGCGACUGGAUCUAUCGCGGGCUGCCUGUACGGGUUGGUGUACGGCCUGAGCAAGGUUCCCAAGGGCUUGUACCAGGACCUUGAGCAAAGGGAGAGGCUAGAGUACUUGGGCGAGAACCUUUACCGACUGUCCACGCAGGAAAACACCAAAAGCACAAACUCUUGUGGAGAUAAGAUGCUGAUAGACCCUUUGGUGCUGAAGAAGAAGCUCAAUAGGAUGGCAACAGAGCAAGGGGCCUUUGCUGUUCUCAGCAGCCUGCUGCUGUACGUCACCGAGCUCGCAGCCUGCGACCCGCAGCUCAACAGCAAGAGGACAAAAUGGGCAGAAGGUAAAGAAAACCAGGUGAGUUUUAAACAACCAUCUCCAGCCCCAAACAGGGGGCAGUACCCUACCCGAUUUCAGCUCCUGCGGUCCAGGUUUCUAAACAACAAUCGCGAGCCUUACAUCAAGAAAAGAAGAGAAGUCGGCAGACUGGUCAUUAAGGAGAAGCUGUGGGUGAGCAGGGUUGGUAACAAGUUAGACAGAGGCAAGGAGAGAAGAGGAGAUGGAAAAGUGGCAGAAGAGGGUGAAGACACAGCACCCAGCGAGAGGGUCAGGUGGAGCGGCCAGAGUGGGAAAAACACAGUGAAGGACAUUUUGAAGAAAUUUCUGGCUGCCGAAGAAAAAGAAGCCAAGGAGAAGUCUCCUAGCUGGAAAAAGAAGGGGCCAAACAGUGGCUUGCCAAAAAUAGUCAACAAGAGUUCAGUCCUGUCCAAGCUGAAGGAGCAGUUUGAACAAAGCUCCCUCUGUUCAGCCGCAGAGGUGAAAGCGUCACUCUUGCGCAAAGGUGAGAAGAAGACUAAAAACUUCCCCAGCAGAAAAGCUAUUCGUAAACCCGAGGUCAGAGUACUGCGCACGGCAGCACUGGCAGCCACAGAUAUAAACAGCCCCGAGUCCCAGUAUUUAGUGUGCUCCAUGGUCCCAAUGCCCAGACUCAGCAUGGCUACUGAAAUUAACCAUCCUUGGAGCUGGUCAAAAAAUAACGCCGCGACACAGCCUUUCAAUCGCAACACGCCGUUGAAGGAAAAGGGGGAGUCUGAGAGAAAGCCUGGUGAAAAGAAAACACCAGCACAUGCAGCCCAGGACAGGGAGGACAAAGAACAGAUACUGAUGGCACCCCAGGAGAUGCCUUAUGCAAAGGACAGUGCUGAGAUGAAAAUAGAUUCCACAAAGCAAAGAGCUGACUUUAAUCCUAAUCUAGAUGGCUCUUCUACCAUCUGUAAAAAUAAAGCACUUGCAGAUUGCAUUCCUCCUGCAUCUGAACAUAGCCUAGACUCCAAGAGGAAUAACUUACAAGCUGGGCCCGAUACGUCUUCACUACUGGGGACUACCAAUGCUGUGCAACGUGUUAAGGACGAUGGUCCACCUUCUAACUCACCUUACUCUAGCAAAGCUGAAGGAUCCCCUGAACCUAGUCCUCAGGACACUAAAGCAGAUGAGAUUCCUGAAAUAGUAAUGUAUGUAUAUUGUUCUGAGGAAGCUGACCCAGAGCUCACACAGCCAGAAAAGGAUCCUUUUUUUGCAGACCAAAAAUGUAUCCCUGAGCAGAAAGCCCUGGAAAACACCCUGCCAUUUCACUCUCCGAGAGUUCAAGCAUCUUUUGAAGCUGAGACUGCGAUGCAGGACCAGCAACUAACUCUUUUAACACCAGCUGCUGGUAAAAGGCCACCAGUAGUUCAAAAACAAGCACCAGGUUUAAGAGGCAGAUGUUCUGAGGAAGCCAAAGAAGGACAGAAGUAUCACAGUGAAGACAAAAUACACUCUAAUUCUAGAAAAAAUUUUAGUGAUGUGCCAGCCAAACAGGAACAGGAGAAUGAAACACCCCAGUGCCAAAUGCAAAAUGAACCCAAAGUCAAGCAGCCACAGCCACCUCAAAUGCCCAGCCCACAAAAUGACUUUGCUAAUUCCGGCGCUGACAUGUCAAAUCCAGAUGCGAAUCAGACCAAACCUAUGGUCUCCUCAAAGGAGAGCCAGGAGCAGGAGCCUGGUGCUGCAGAACAGCACACCUCUUCUGACUGGGAAAAGAAGCAAGGCCCUUUGCCAGAUGAGUUUGUGAAACAUAGAUUGCACUUUGCAGAAGAGGAUUUGGGGAAGGGCCAAUUACCUUCAUCAAACAAAAUGAUGGAUGAUGGAGACAAUCAAGUCCUGGGCAGAAGUACCUUGACUGACCUAGAGACCUGUCACAAGCUGUCCAAGUAUUUCAUUCAGCGUGAAGAGACUACUGCAGACGAGAUGCCAUGGCCUGACUCUGAAACAGGGCUGUCAUCCUCAUCAAACCUUGAAACAAGACCAGCGAGUGGGGUUGCAGGACAAAGAAUCCACCACACUCUAGUAAAUCCCCCAGCCCUUCCACCUACUGAUCUGGUAAGACCAGGAGCUGGUGGUGUGGAAGAUGAGCAUGCCAGUCACGGCUGUGAGAAGCAGCCGUUACCCUCUUCAGAUGAGUUGACAAAGCAGGAGAACAAUACUACAGUGGAGAAGAAAAAUGAAUGUGAUUUUAAGAACCAACUGCCAUUUGCAAAUCAUGAAACAGAAAAUGAAAAUGCUACAGCUGGAGAGACAAUUACACUCCAGAGCCUUGAUAAUUAUGUUUCACUUUCAACAAAGAAAACAGGAAAACAUGAAAAUAAAACUGUGCUAGCAAGAAAGCCCCUGUUACUCUUGGAGAAGAACCAAACACAAAUUCCAGAUGAUACCUUGAAGCAAGGAAGUGAUAUGAAGGAAGAGAACCUGUAUCCUUCAUCAACUGAAUUGGUGUCAGGCCAAAAGAAGCAUGCAAAAGGUACUGAUAAUGUCUCCAAAUAUAAAAAACAUCAGCCUUUGCCUUCAGAUGAUGACUUGAAGCAUGGCAAUGAGAGCAUGGAGACAGAGGAGAGAGAAGAGAGAAGUGUCUUACAUAAAUUUCAGGUGGAACAAGUACCAACACCAAGCAAUACGAUGGAUCAUGAUAAUAACUCUUCAAAUGAGAGGAGUGCUCAUAGUCCUCAGACACCUCAGCUGUCUUCAUCAGAACGUGAUACUAACAUUCAAGGAGUGAAAAAUAUUGGGCAGGGCUUGAAGUGCCCAACACCUGCAAGAGAUAUUGUUAAACAUGAACAUGAUAUGACGGUCGAUGAAAACAUCUGUUGCAAUAAUGAGAAACACCAACUGUCCUCGUCAAAUGAACCAAUGAAAUGUGCAAAUGACACAGCAGGGAAAAGAAACAUAAAGUUGAACUUCAAGAAUUAUUCAGUGCCACCAAGAAAUAGAGCAAGGAAUGACAAUAACACCACAGAUGAGGAGAAUACUUCUCAUAAUUUGGAAAACGAUCCAGUGCAGCAUAAAAAGAGUCAUGAAGGAGAGAGGAAUACUCCAUGUGACCCUAAAAAUCAAAUACCAUCAUCAAAUCCUCUGGUGAAGCAAGACAAGAAGUCCUCCCCUCAGCAACAAACAUCACCUGAUGACUCUGUAAAACCUGAAACUAAGUCAGCUGAAAAAAAGCCUAAACAUACCUCUGAGAAACCCCAGUCACCUUCAAACAAACUGGAGAAGCCUCAGGAAAGAAGUUCUUCAGCAGAGAGGAAGCAGAAGACACCAGCAGCAGAGGACAUCCCGUCACCCAAAACAAAGGCUGUAAAAGGGGACAAUGAACACCAGCACCCAGGAAAGUACCGGUUACCGCUGUCAAGUAAAUCGGCAAAGCAUGAGAAAGAAACUCCAGGAGGAGAAAAACAGCAAACAAGGUCUGAAGAUUUUACAAUGCCUGGUACAAAUACUGCAAAAGAGAAGAACAAGUUUCCCAAUCUCAAGAAGUACAGAUCAGUAUCUUCAGAAAUACUGGCUAAGCCUCAAGAAAAGGAUGCUCAAGAUCAAAAGCAACAAACAUUGGCUACUUCAGAUUUUAAGAAGCCCGGUACUAAUGCUGUAAACGAAAAAGAUGAAGAUAAAAAUUCUGAGGAGCCCCAGUCACCCUCUUCAAACAAAGGGAUGAAAUCCCAAGAAAAAUCUACCUCAGGGAAGAGGAAGCAAAAGACACCAUCAGCUGAGGACAUCAGGCCACCUGAAACAAAGGUUGUAAAAGAGGAUGAUAAACAGCAGUGUGCUGGGAAACAUCAGUUACCCCUUUCAAGUAAAUCAGCAAAGCCUGGGAAAAAUACUUCAGGAGGAGAAAAACAAGAAACUGCAACUGAAAGUUUUAAAAAGCCUGAUGCAAAUGAUGUAAAAGAUAAAAGCAAAGAUCUAGGUUCUGGGAUGUGCCAGUCCCCAUCUUCAAAUCUGCUGGUGAAACCUCAAGAAAAGAGUGUCACAGCAAAAAAAAAGCAAUCAACACCACCGCCCGAUGAAAAAAUGAAGUAUAAAGCUGGUAGUCCAGAAAAGAGGAGUGGACCCCUGAGAACAGAGAAAUACCAGGUACUGUCUUCAGAUCAGACAGGGAAGAAGGACAAAGAUGGUUCAGGAAAAGAAGGCUCUGUGGGUGACCUCAAGAGCUCUCAAACUCCAUUGCCAUGUGAUGGCAUAAAACGUAAAAGCAACACUGUCCCAAAAGACACCGUCCCAAAAGAGACCUGUUUGUCUAAUUCAGGGAAGUCCCCCCAGUCAUCCCCGUUGCAUGAUGCAUCGAAAUAUGAUGAAAGUCCUGUUGAAAACAGAAAAAAGCGGCCUGGAUUUAAGAAGUACCAAGCACUCUCAUCAAAUAAUUUGGUGAAGCAUGAAAAAGACAUUGCUGAAAGGGAGGCUAGCUGGCAGGCAGCUGCUGUAACAAGCGACAGAAAAGCAGAGCUGGAGGACUGCUCCAAAACAGCAUCAUUCUCCAAGUACACAGUGGAAAGCUACGGUGAAAGACCCUUAGAUUCAUCUUUUAAACCACUGAUCAUUAGAGUAACUGACACAUUUAAACAUCACAGCUAAAAAAUACUGCUCCAGCUUAAGUAAGAACUUACAACUGAUCAUGUCACCAAGUCGCUCAAUCUUUCUUUUUUUUCUUUACUCUCCAGGGCAUUACAUUAUCAUUUUUUAAUCACAAGGACAUUGAUGUGCAUCUAUCCGAGCUGGGCUUUUUCCUUUCUUAACAUUAGCCCGAAGACAUGAAUUAAAUUAAUCACUGCAAGUGAAUUAGCUAAUCACUGAAUUAAUCAUCAGUUUAUAAAUUAAAUAUGAGAAGGGCUUUGAGAUCAGUGUGAAUUCAGUCCUGCUCCAGACUCCCCUUGCUAACUAAUGGGUGUUGUUUGUAACAAAGACGACUGUUCAGGGUGAACUCUAUUUGUAUUUACUUAUUCUAAUGAAACUCUGCUAGGACAUUUUCCAGGAAUGGUGGUAGGCAGUGUCAGCUUUAAUUAUGUCAAAAAGCGCUUGUUCCAGGCUCUGCCUUUUCACCAGUUAAUGGGAACUGUUGGUCUAUGGCUGCAUUGAGUGGCACUGCUAGCAGAAGUAGUGAGGGGUGGAGGGAUCGCUUCAAUAAUCUGCGGAAAAAUCCUCAAAGGACAUUGGUGUUACAAAAGCUCUUACUGUGAAUGCAAAUUUUCAGCCUUAUUAAUAUUGGAAAAAUAGUGAUUUAA